AUGUUUUCCCCGAAGUCAUUCAUUGGUACUCAUCGUUGUUCAGCGAUCGGGAUGGUGCCAAUGCUAUUACUUGAUAUCAUUGAUAAAAAGGACAAAUACUCAGGCUGUUUGACUCCUCAAAAGAUGUUCCUGAACUCGAUUGACACGGUCGAGAAAGUAGUGAUGGAGGAGUUGCCCAAACUGAAGAGAACUCCCUCAAUGCUAUUACUUGAUAUCACUGAUAAAAAGGACAAAUACUCAGGCUGUUUGACUCCUCAAAAGAUGUUCCUGAACUCGAUUGACACGGUCGAGAAAGUAGUGAUGGAGGAGUUGCCCAAACUGAAGAGAACUCCCUCAGUCAGAAUGGCUAAGAGAGAAAAAAGGGUCCGGACUUUGAUGUUGAUGCUGUAA